GGGCGGGCCUUGAGGGCGGCGCUUCCGGUCCGCGGAGCCUGGCGGCCAGAGCUGCGGCGGCGGCGGCGGCGGCGGCGGCGGCGGCGGCCGAGACGGGAGGAUGGCGGGCGCUGCGAGCGAAGCUCGGUUUGCCGGGUUGUCGCUGGUGCAGCUCAACGAGCUGUUGGAGGAUGAGGGGCAGCUGACAGAGAUGGUGCAGAAGAUGGAGGAGACACAGAAUGUUCAGCUCAACAAGGAGAUGACGCUGGCCAGCAACCGGAGCCUGGCAGAAGGAAACCUCCUCUACCAGCCCCAGCUGGACUCGCGGAAGGCUCAUUUGACCCAGAAAUACCAAGAACUCCAGGUGCUCUUUGAAGCCUAUCAGAUAAAGAAGACCAAGCUAGAUAAACAGUCCAGCAGCGCUUCCUUGGAGACCCUCUUAGCGCUCCUGCAGGCGGAAGGGGCCAAGAUUGAGGAAGACACCGAGAACAUGGCUGAGAAGUUUCUCGAUGGAGAACUCCCUCUGGACUCCUUCAUCGACGUCUAUCAGAGCAAGCGGAAACUGGCCCACAUGCGAAGGGUCAAAAUCGAGAAGCUCCAGGAGAUGGUGCUGAAGGGGCAGAGACUGCCGCAGGCCCCCGCGCCCACCCCGCUGCCACCCAGGGUGCCUGAGCCGGCCCCUGCCGCCCCCCUGCCCUACCCCAUCCCGGAGGCCAGCGGGCCCCCCUCCGUGGUGCCUCGGCGCAUCCCGCCCCCACCGCCCCCAGCGCCUGCAGGACGCUUAGCCACGCCGUUCACCGCCGCCAUGGGCUCAGGACAGGCCCUCCCGUACCCGGCCGUGCAGUGCCCGCCCCUGCCCCCCCGAGGGGGCCUCCCCGCCCAGCAGGGCUUCUCCGCGCAGCAGUUUGUGUCGCCACCGUACCCGCCAGCGCUGCCCCAGAGACCCCCGCCCCGGCUGCCCCCACACCAGCCCGGCUUCAUCCUCCAGUGAGCGGCCCUCAUCCUCCCGGGGAGGCUCCCUCGCCGCCCGCCAGCUGGGGCUCCGCACACACAGGUGGAGGCUGUGGGCACCAGCUGCUCUGCCGGGGGCUCCGGUGCCUGGGGCAGGGCGUCUGGCUGGUUUUAGCGCUGUAGGUCAGUGGUCAUAGACAUAGAACCCUGGUUUUGGACACCGAGGCAGCUGCGCAGGGGCUCGGCCCGACAUCACUGUGGUCGAGCUGGUGUGUGUUCUCGGUAUGGUUUCUUGUUCUGUGUUGAUGAGCCCCUGAGUUUGGGGGGAAAAGCCUCCCCUUCCCCCCACCGCACCUCUGUUCCCAUGUAGGAUCGUUGUCUUCCCGUUGCAGCUUUAUUUAAUAAGCACGGUUCAUCAUUUCUGCUUUAUUUUCAAGACGGUUCUGUGCGUCCCAGCCCACCACCCACUGCAGCCGCCGGCAGGGGUUGGUUGGGUGAGCCAGCCCGGAAGGUGCUCUCUGGACCUGCGUGGGGCGAGCGGUCCUCCCAGCCCCUCCCUCCCCGACCCUGGACGCUUCACAGCCGCCUGCGGAGUUUGCACUUGCCCCCAGCCACGUCCAGAGGCCGGCGAGUCAUGGCCGGGUGAGGAGGAGGGUGGGAGCUGGGCUUGGCACACGGAGGCUGUCCCCAGCUCCUCCUCCUCCUCUGCGAGCCAGCCAGGCUUUCUGUGAAGACCUACUCCUCCGAUGUUUUUACUACGUGUGUACUUUUCCUGUUUUAUAUUGGGGAAGAAAACAUUUUUUGUUUUUGACACUCACAAGACCAUUCAGGGAAACUUUCGGAAAAAUGCACAUACAGUCUUGAGCAGGUUGAGAUGCAGAUGAAGUGACGCAGUUUCGUUCCGUGCAAGCGGCGCACGGUCGCACCUGCAGGCUCGUGCUGUGCCUUAGCUCCACCUGCUGCCGGGAGGGGCCGGCCAGGCGGGGGUCUCGUCUGCAUUCGUUCCUUGUCGUGUUGCAGGUGGAAGGAAGGUCCACCCACUUCGAACCAGGAUACUUACUCAUAGCCAAUAUUCUCUGCCUCUGGCUGGGCGUGGGGCAGGGGUGCGACGGCUGCCAGCCACCCCUCGGCUUGGAUGGGGGCCGACGAGCUGAGGCCCUGGCCGCACCCCGGGUGCUCCCUGCUCCCCGGGCGCUCGUCUGCACGUGCCACGUGUGCCGGGUUCCCAGGGCCCAGCUGGGGCAGGGGGUUGGGGGUGGUGCUGCCUCUCUCCAUCUGCUGACGGAAAAAGCCGUGCUGAGUGGUGGAACUCGGACCUGUGACUCCAGCAGGCCACGGCCCAGAGGACAGAAUCCAGGUGGGGUCUGGCCCAGCAGGCCAUGGGCAAGGCCACCGCCCUGUGUCCUCAAUUACUGUACAUUUCUACUCCUGGACUUGAACUCUGCUGUAUCAUUAACUGUUUUUCAAGAGAACAACUGUACAGGACGACUUACUGCCCUGCCAAUCAGGUGGGCCUGCCACGCCUGUCAGCCUCGAGAGUGGUGCCACCACCCCGUACCUCUGCCGUCCGCCCCGCCGUUGGGGGUGCCUGCCCCCUGCCAGGGGCACAGCCAAACGUGUGAGCUCGGUCGGCGUUGAUGGGGGGAAGAGGCCGCCAAGCUGGCCUCACCGUCUCUCCAGGGCCACAUCUGAGCUGUGGCUGUAAAGCUGUAAGACCCUUUUUAAUAAAUAGAGAGUUGUUAAUAA